AUGCAUUUUACUUAUUUCUUAUUUUUGCUAACAUCUCUAAUACUAUCAUCAAAUUGUAACAAUUCAACAAUCUAUAAAACAAAAUAUAAUGAACCAUUGGAACGACGUGAUGUACCUUUGACCUAUCGAUUACAUAGCGAUUUGUUAAAGUAUUAUAAGAAAGGUACACGACCGGUGAUACAUCCAAAUAAAAUUAUCAGUGUUACAAUGAGUGUUUUCCUAUAUCAAAUUAUUAAAUUGGAUGCUGUGAAGAAUACCAUCAGUUUAUCAGGUAGUUUCGAAAUGGUAAGUAAGAUUUAUUAA